AAAGGGCAGCCCUUUCCUUCAUCGCUUUCUCCUCCCUCCACUCUCUCUCUCUCUCUCAUUCCUGAGCUCCAUCCCGUGUUAAUGUCGACUCAAGGCCAAGUCAUCACCUGCAAAGCUGCGGUGGCUUACGAGCCGAACAAGCCGCUGGUGAUCGAAGAUGUGCAGGUGGAUCCACCACAAGCUGGUGAGGUCCGGAUCAAGAUCCUUUACACCGCUCUCUGUCACACUGACGCCUACACCUGGAGCGGCAAGGACCCUGAGGGUCUCUUCCCAUGUAUUCUAGGCCAUGAGGCUGCUGGGAUUGUUGAGAGCGUUGGUGAAGGGGUAACAGAAGUUCAACCGGGAGACCAUGUCAUUCCCUGUUAUCAGGCUGAGUGCCGCGAAUGCAAGUUCUGCAAAUCUGGGAAGACUAAUCUCUGUGGCAAGGUUAGAGCUGCUACCGGUGUUGGGGUUAUGAUGAGUGACCGCAAGAGUCGUUUCUCUAUCAAUGGAAAGCCCAUCUAUCAUUUCAUGGGUACCUCGACAUUUAGUCAAUACACGGUAGUUCACGAUGUUAGCGUUGCGAAAAUUGAUCCCAAUGCUCCCCUGGAGAAAGUAUGCCUUCUUGGCUGUGGUGUUCCUACUGGUCUAGGAGCAGUUUGGAACACAGCAAAGGUGGAACCAGGGUCUAAUGUUGCCAUUUUUGGUCUUGGGACUGUUGGGCUUGCUGUUGCAGAGGGAGCAAAAACCGCUGGUGCUUCAAGGAUCAUUGGCAUUGAUAUCGACAGCAAGAAGUUUGAAGUUGCGAAGAACUUUGGUGUUAACGAAUUUGUGAACCCAAAGGACUACGAGAAACCGAUCCAGCAAGUGAUCGUUGAUCUCACAGACGGUGGCGUUGACUACAGCUUUGAGUGCAUCGGAAACGUCUCUGUGAUGAGGGCAGCUCUGGAAUGCUGUCACAAGGGAUGGGGAACGUCUGUUAUUGUGGGGGUAGCUGCAUCAGGGCAGGAGAUAUCAACACGUCCAUUCCAGCUUGUGACUGGUCGUGUAUGGAAAGGAACAGCCUUUGGCGGUUUCAAGAGCCGCUCCCAAGUUCCUUGGCUCGUCGACAAGUACAUGAAGAAGGAGAUAAAGGUGGACGAGUACAUAACCCACAACCUGACCCUGGAAGAGAUCAACAAGGCGUUUGAUCUGAUGCAUGAAGGGGACUGCCUCCGCUGCGUCCUCGGCAUGAUCUGAUCUGAAUGAACGUUCAACAACUGAUUCGUCAUGUCGGUAAAUGCCCUGUCUUCGAAUUAUCUAUAAAAAAAAUGGUUGUUUUUGCUUGCGACAGUAUGUGAUGAAACUCAAGUAUUGCCUCGAGUCGUGUUGUUUAAUAAAAGAGAUUGUCUUCCUGCUA